CGUCCUGGACGCGGCGGGCGGUUUCCGCCGCCUCUGGCAGCAGCUCUGCUACCUGAAAGACUCCCGCGGCCGCUAUCGACGCCGACGCCGCCCCUUCCUCCUCCGUCCCCCCCGCCGCCGCCGCUUUCACCUUUUCGGGCCCCUCCGCCACCUCUCCACGACCUAGGCCCUCUGUUCCUGAGAGGAAGCCUUACUCGGGCCCCUUCGCGGGCCCGGCGCGCAGCCAUGGCUGACGGCGGGGGCGGCGGGGGCACCGGCGCGGUGGGUGGUGGCGGCUCGGGACCGGCCUCGGCGGGGGCGGCGGCUGGCGCCGGAGGGGCCGGCGGGAGCGGCGGCCCGAUCAACCCGGCCUCACUGCCCCCGGGCGACCCGCAGCUCAUCGCGCUCAUCGUGGAGCAACUCAAGAGCCGGGGUCUCUUUGACAGCUUCCGCCGGGACUGCCUGGCCGACGUGGACACCAAGCCAGCUUACCAAAACCUGAGGCAAAAAGUGGAUAAUUUUGUGUCAACACAUCUGGACAAGCAGGAAUGGAAUCCCACGAUGAACAAAAACCAAUUGCGAAAUGGUCUGAGGCAGAGUGUGGUUCAGUCAGGGAUGUUGGAAGCUGGAGUGGACAGAAUUAUUUCCCAGGUGGUGGAUCCCAAACUGAACCACAUCUUCAGACCACAGAUAGAACGAGCAAUUCAUGAGUUCCUGGCAGCCCAGAAAAAAGAAGCCGUGCCAGCACCACCUCCAGAGCCUGAAAGCCAGGACCCUGCUGCUCCAUCCCAGGACGCUUCCUAAAAAUAUGCCUGACAUGUUUUGGAAGCUCCAUUGAAUUAACGGUGAAGACCUGGAUUCAGUUACACAAGAGCACAACUUCAGAAUGAAGAUAGGCCGAAGUCCUCACUGACUUCAGAAUUCAGUGUCGACUGUGGGGCGGUGUCAAGGGAAUAGGGAGCAAGUGGGGCUACAGAAAAGUUGGCCGUGUGGGCCCCACGUUGUGCUGCCGUCCAGCCAGCCUGUCCAAGAGGGUGACACCCCAUAGACACUACAGACAUAGUAAGAAACACUACAUCACUUUGGGGUUUGUCCUGAAGCGAACCUUUGUACUUGAACUUAGAGACUGUGUAUGGAUUUUAGGGUUUGUGCUUGAGGAUAAUCAGAAGCUACAGUGAAGGAACAUAACCAGUCCUAAAGAUGCAGUUUCAAAGAAUUGACAGUAAAAGUUAGCCAGGGGUGGUAGGGUUUUAACAAUGCUUAUUUGAUACUAUCAGUUUCUGAGAGUUGCAAAUCAAAGUUUACAAGCCAGUAGCAUCAAACAGCUGUAAGGUCACUGUGACCCCCUUGUAGGUGACUCUUUAGCUUCCACUUCCUUUCCCCUGCAAGAGGUGUCAGGAGCAGGACCCUGGAAUGCCUGAGGAGAUGCAGACUUAAGUGCAAGGAGAAACAUUGGCAGGCUCUCCAUCUAGGGCUUCUUCCUGUCGUGCAAGGGCUAGUGAGUUGGGUGUGUUUAUUUUUUUCUCAUGUUUGUGUUUAGAAAGUGAAUAAAGGGACUUGAGUUUUGUAAUUAAAUCAUUUGAUACUCUGAAA